AUGGCAAAUUUACAGCCUGAAGAUGCCAGAUACUUGAAAAGGAAAGUCAAGGGAGGAAGUAUAGAUGUUCACCCAACAGAAAAAGCUCUAGUGGUGAAUUAUGAGCUAGAAGCUACAAUUCUUGGUGAACUCGGAGAUCCUAUGUUAGGAGAGAGGAAGGAAUGUCAAAAAAUUAUUAGAGUAAAAGGUUUAAAUGAGAACAGUGAUUUAUCGUCUCUAGCGAAGGAUAUUAUAGAUAAAUGUAAACUGAUACAUCCCAGUAAAUUACCAGAAGUUGAACAGUUAUUGUAUUAUUUACAGAAUAGACGAGAUGGGGUGGCUAUAUCUGGUAAGACUAAACUGAGUGAUAAACCAGAAGAACCAGGAUUACACGAUGCGACAGAAAUUGACGAGACAGCUAAUAUUAACGAUAUAGACGAAUAUCUUGAUUUAUUAUACGAAGAUAUCCCUGAUAAAAUACGAGGCUCAGCUCUGAUUCUACAACUCUCACGUAAUCCUGAUAAUCUUGAGGAACUCUUUCAAAAUGAAACUGUUGUUGGAGCCUUAGCCCGUGUUUUACGGGAAGACUGGAUGAAGAGUUCGGAAGUAGCCACCAAUAUCGUCUAUAUAUUUUUCUGUUUUUCAAGUUUUACACAAUUCCACGGAGUUAUCCUCCAUUUUAAAGUGGGGGCGCUGUGUAUGUCGAUUAUAGAACACGAACUAAAAAAAUACGAUCUGUGGAAAGAUGAGCUACAUAAGAAAAAAAAAUUAAAUAUCCUUUUAUAUCAGAGGAGACUCUCUAAAGAUGAUCAUAGCAGAAGCAAAAUAAAGUUUGAAAGUUUGGUGAAGAAACAGGAACAGUUGUUACGAGUGACGUACUAUCUACUGUUAAAUCUGGCUGAAGAUCUGAAAGUUGAAAUGAAGAUGAAGAAUAAAGGGAUUAUCAGAUUAUUGAUUAAAACUUUAGAUAGAGAAAAUCCAGAACUGUUAAUCCUUGUUACGUCAUUCCUUAAAAAAAUGUCCAUCUUCAUCGAGAAUAAAAGUGAGAUGGCUGAAUUAAAUAUUAUAGAAAAAAUGACAAAGAUAAUACCAACAGAUCAUGAAGAUUUAUUAAAUAUUUCUCUAAGAUUGAUUUUAAAUCUUUCAUUUGACGCAGACUUGAGAAAUAAAAUGAUCAAAUUUGGUCUUUUACCAAAACUAGUUAAUCUAUUAGUGAAUGAAAACCAUAGAUUAAUAGUAUUAUCUCUACUGUAUCAUAUAAGUCUGGAUGAUAAAUCUAAAGCUAUGUUUACCUAUACUGAUUGCAUACCAAUGGUAAUGAAAAUGUUAUUUGAAAGUAAAGAAUCAACAGAAAUAGAAUUAAUAGCGUUAUGUAUAAACCUAGCAGCUAAUAAACGAACAGCUAGUAUUAUCUGUGAGGGUAGUGGAUUGAAAAUGUUGAUGAAACGUGCGUUUAAAGUUAAAGACCCACUACUGAUGAAAAUGAUAAGAAAUCUGUCUCAACACGAAGGACCAACUAAAAACUUGUUUGUUGACUAUAUCAGUGACUUGUGUUCAGCUGUUCUACAAGACGAAGAUGAAUUCUCGUUAGAAUGUCUAGGAAUUCUGGGUAAUUUAACUAUACCUGAGUUAGAUUAUGAACUGAUUUUACGCGAGUAUGAUUUGAUCAACUGGAUUAAAGGGAAGUUACUCCCAGGUGCAGCAGAUGAUGAUUGGGUAUUACAAGUUAUAAUAUUAGUUGGUACUGUUUGUAGCGAUGAUGGUUGUGCUAGGUUACUAGCUGACUCUAAUAUAAUACAGAGUCUUAUUGAACUGCUCAAUGCUAAACAAGAAGAUGAUGAAGUCGUCUGUCAGAUAAUUUACGUAUUUUAUCAGAUGAUUUUCCACAAAUCAACUCGUGAAGUUAUAAUUAAAGAUACACAAGCCCCAGCCUAUCUUAUAGAUUUAAUGCAUGAUAAAAACCAAGAGAUAAGAAAAGUCUGUGAUAAUACUCUAGAUAUUAUAGCGGAAUAUGAUGCUGAUUGGUCUAAGAAAAUUCAACUGGAGAAAUUCCGCUGGCAUAAUUCUCAAUGGUUAGAAAUGUUAGAAUCACGUCAAGUUGGAGAUUUUAACGAAGGUUAUAUGUAUUCAGAUGACGGCUUCGAUCCAUAUAUUCAAGACUCAGAUAUACUAGAUCGUCCAGACCUGUUUUAUAAUAAUGGAUAUGAUCAGAAUGUAUUAAUGGAAGGUCAUAUUACACCAGAAUAUAUAGAUGAUGGUGGUCUUUACAACGGAAACUCUGAUUAUUUCAACCAUUAUGGGUAA